AUGGUUCGCCACAAGAAAGACAACUUCGCGCGAGGGGGCAAGAAAUUCAACAACCCCCGCCCCCGAGUGCCCCGCGGCGAUGAAGAAACUGAGGGCGCGACCUCCUCGCGACCUCCUUACAAAGCUGCCUGUUGGGAUAUGGGUCACUGCGACCCUAAGCGAUGCUCAGGAAAGCGAUUGAUGAAGCUGGGUCUGAUGCGAGAGCUUCAUAUCGGCCAGCGGCACUCCGGCGUGAUCGUCUCUCCUAAUGCCAAAAAGAUCAUCUCCCCAGCAGACAAGGAUAUCAUGGAACAGUACGGUGCCGCAGUCGUCGAGUGCUCUUGGGUGCGAGUCAGUGAAGUUCCCUGGUCGCGGAUCGGCGGAAAAUGCGAAAGACUUCUUCCCUACCUUAUCGCUGCCAACACAGUCAACUACGGCAAACCAUGGCGUCUGAACUGCGUUGAAGCGCUCGCCGCUUGCUUCGCUAUCUGUGGCCGCUUGGAAUGGGCGGAAGACUUGCUCAGACACUUCAGUUAUGGCCCGGCUUUCUUGGAAAUCAACAAGGAAUUGCUAGCGCGCUACGCUGCUUGCGAUUCAGAAGAGGCAGUAAAGAAGGCGGAAGUGGAUUGGCUCGCCAAGAUCGAGCGCGAAUAUGAAGAUUCCCGUGUCGAUGGCGGUGAUGAUAUUUGGACCAAGGGAAACACCAACCGCUUGCCUACGCGGAAUUCAGAUGACGAGGACGACGAGAGCGGAGACGAGGAUGACGAAGACGAGGAGAGCGACGAAGAGGAAGAGGAGGACAAGGAUCCAUUCGCGAUUUCUGAUGACUCUGAGGAUGAAGAGCAAAUGGCCGAAAUCCGCCGCAAGAUUCUCAAUUCGAAGGCGUUCAAGAAUCCGGAAGAGGAGGAGAAGCAACAGCCGGAGAAAAUUUCCCGUCCUGAGCAGGUAUAUGUCGACUCCGACGCUGAGUCCGGCUCAGCAGGAAGCGAGGACGAGGCUUUCGACAACAUCAUCAAUGCGACCACCGUCACUGACCGCACCGGGAUCAAAGCAAUUCAGCAGCGGAAAGGAAAAGAGACUGUUUCUGCUUCGUUCUCUCGGACAGAGAUUUCUGCUCCGAAGAAAUGGUGA